AUGCUAUUUGAGGAAGGUUUUAACAAGGCAGGGGUGAGAAUGUUCUUGCGUCCGCAGAACAUGAAUGAUGUUCUCAAAACGAGGAGCGUUACAUGGUUCCAUGUUCCCAAUGACUCUAGCUGUGAUGACCACUACUCUAUUCAAUUGGGUUCUAUAAUUAAUGAACCAAAUGUGAAUAGAGUAAAGGUGACCAAGGAAUCCUUGUUGUGGGGGUGUCGUAGACAUAGGUCGCACAAGGCAAGGUAUAGUACAUGGGGGUGUCGUAGACGUAGAUCGCAGAAAGCAAGAAGAGAUAGUUCUGAUGCCUCCACUAAACAUUUUCUGAGUGCAGAUGCAUUCAAUUCUUCUGAAAUGUUUGUCGUGAAAAAGUUAAAGCGCAAUGAUAUUUUAGAGGAAGGGGAAAGUAAAAAUGACCACUUAUUUUAUCAACCAGAAAGUGCUGAUGGUUCAAGUCAUUCAGCUUCUGACCUUACUGUAGAAAUACAAAAGACAGCGGGUGCUGUUGGACCUACUAUGAACACAAUGGAGUGUCUGGACCUCUCAAUGGAAAAAGAUAACUGCUCUUUUUCACUGAAUUGUGUUGAAGGGUUCACUCAAGGAACAAAACCUGACUUACUUCCUUUAAUCAAUGUUGAGAGAUCCUAUCCAUGUGUUACGGAUAGUUCUUGCCCUACAGUACCAAAUAUGGAGCAAAAAGAUGAUGUAUUGGAAAAUGCGGAACAACCUCAUCCUUCGGAGAUGGUUAAUCCUGAUGGUACAAGCCAUUCACCUGUGGGCCGUGCAUUAGAAAUCGAAGAACGAGGAGCGGAGGCUGGCUUAUGUUCUUCAGUUGAAGAUGUUGAGGAGCAAGUAGACGGUUCUGGUCCUGCAUCAGAAAGUUGGGAGCAACCUGUUCCUUUGAAGGUGGUUAUACUCAGACCAUGGCAUGAUGUGCUAUAUAGCAUCCUAAGAUCAAAGCCUCCUUCAAACUACUCACAGUCAAUGCAAGGAUCAGAUCUAGAUGUUGGAAAUAUGGAUGUCUUGGAUCCUUCGAAGGAGUGGUUGGACUCAAGGUUAAAACUUGAUGAACAAGGAGCGGAGCCUGGCUUAUUUGCUUCAGUUGAAUAUGUUGAGCAAACCCAUCCCAAUUUUACUGAUAAAACUAGUCCUAUAUGGUCAAGUGAGGAGCAAGUAGAUGGUUCUAGUCCUAUGUCAGAAAGUUGGGAGCAACCUGAUCCGUUGGAGGUGGUUAGACCAUGGGAUGAUGCACCAAAUAGUAUCCUAAGAUCGAAGCCUCCAUCAAACUACUCACAGCCAAUGCAAGGAUCAGAUCUAGAUGUUGGGAAUAUGGAUGUCUUGGAUCCUUCCAAGGAGCGGAUGGACUCAAGGUUAAUGUCAAAUACUGUAGAGCCAUCAAGUUCUUCAAACGGAAGAGGCACAUCUGUUGAGAAAAACAAUACUGAAAAAACAGAAUGCUUGUCAGGCAUGGACACUGUCACCCCUGAACUGGAUAAUGUCCAGGGAUCAAAUCCCUCAGCAGAACCAUCAAGUUCCUCAAAUGGAGGAGCCUCAGCUGUUGAAAGACACAGUGCUGAAAUGACAGAAUGCUUGUUAGGCAUGGGAACUUUGACCCCUGCACUGCAUAAUGUCCAGGCAUUAAAUCCCUCGACACCAAAAGAAUGCUUGGUUUCUAACGCAGACAACUCAGAUGAAGCAAAUAGGUCAGAUGAAGUUCAUCGCAGUUGCAAUGAUUUUAAUGGAAGUUACUAUCCCAAGCCAGUGCUGAAGGGAAGAAUCUCCAAAAUGAUGUACCCAAGACUUUGGUUUCAAAUGCCAAAAAUGUGGCUUGUAGGCAAACAUCACAAAUGGAAGAUGCCAUUGCCUUCCAAGCAUGUUAGUCCAUGUAAGGCAACAAAAAGUAGCUUCAGAAAGCAAUAUAAAGGGCCAAACAGACAUAUUCCACGUCAUACUAAACAUCAGAAAACCAAGCUCGUUAUGAAGGACAGAUAUACAGAUCCUGCACAUAUAAGAAGUUGUAGGCCAUCAAAGCAAAUUGAUCAUACUUGCUCAAGUGCUUCCUCGGAUUUAUCUCCAAAAACUAAGGAAGUGAAUGAUGCCAAUGAUGCAGAACCAAGAUGUUCUAAAUCUGUAAGAACUUUUGAGAAUGUCAUGACCAAGAAAAGAAAACGGCCUAUUUUAUCAUAUGAUGAAGAUGCCGAGGCAAUGCAGAUGGAAGUGAGGAUGCGCAGGAGACAUGUGAAAAGUCAUGUGAUGAAGCAGCAAAGAUCCGCAGAAAAUUCUGAGGAAGCAAUGUCUCCAGGAAAUUCAAAUAAUCAACAUGCCAAUGAUGAUAUGAAGGCAAGGAAGCAGAGAAGGGCCAACAAAGAUAAAAAAGCACCUCUAGGGAAUGCUAGUGUUCCAUGCACACGGAAUGAUGCUGCAUGUGGAAUCAUGAAGAUUGGCCAGGAGUAUAUUUCAUUGGCUGCACAUCUGUCAAAUCAAGCAUGCAAGGAGGUGCAGGAAUUAUCACUAUCAUUACCAGCUCUAAUGAAAGUGACAAAGCAUUCGAAGUUGAAAGCCUGGCCAGGGAGGUGGAAGGCAUCAGAACCAACUGCUGAUUGCAUUGGCUUGUAUUUCUUCUCAGAUAAUAUGAGGGAACUGGAUCAACUAGUGCAUUAUCUCACUGAUCAUAGCUUAGUACUAAAAUAUGUCGUUGGCUUUGCCAAGCUGCUGAUCUUCCCUUCUGUUUUCCUACCAGAGCAAUGUCAAAGGUUCCAAGGGAAACACUAUCUGUGGGGAGUGUUCAAGCGCAGGAUGGGUACUGGGAAAACAGGUGCCGCAGGUGAGACCGACCCCUGUGAUCAUAGGAAGCCCUGCGCAAAUUCAGAAAUCUGCCGCACCCAAGCUGUUGGGCCUUGUCAUCGUGCAGACGGCAAGGUCGGACCGUCGGAGCACUUCAUUUAA